CGGCUUCGGGCGGAGUUUUGGCGAGCGGCGACGCGGUGUAGUCAGACGGCCGUGGUCCUGGGAGGCGACAGCUCGCGUCCGAGCUUCCCUCUGCUCCCUCGCCGCAGCCACCGUCGCGCCCCGGCCUCCCGCCAACCCUCAAUGCAGAGCUGGGCGGCUGCGUGAUGGGGUUGCGGAGCGGCGCCCUGCGGCUCCCGGCGGCAGCUGCUCGCUCUGAGCUGCGUCGGUGCCCGGCCUCCCGCGCCCCUGCGCGCCCUGGCGUCUUCUGACUUCGGCCGGCUCGCCCGUCGGUCCGCAGCGCCGCUGAGGAGCCUUGAACAUAACUUCAAAAGAAGAUUUGAUUUUUAUCUCUGGACUGCAUAUAUAUUAUAAGGCCACCAGAAUGUCGGGAGCCUCAGUGAAGGUAGCUGUUCGCGUGAGGCCCUUCAAUUCCCGAGAGACCAGCAAGGAGUCCAAGUGCAUCAUUCAGAUGCAGGGCAAUUCGACCAGUAUUAUUAACCCAAAGAACCCAAAGGAAGCGCCCAAGUCCUUCAGCUUUGACUACUCGUACUGGUCUCACACCUCGCCUGAAGAUCCCUGCUUUGCAUCACAGAAUCGUGUGUACAAUGACAUUGGGAAGGAAAUGCUCUUACAUGCCUUUGAAGGAUAUAAUGUCUGUAUUUUUGCCUAUGGGCAGACUGGUGCUGGGAAAUCCUACACAAUGAUGGGGAAGCAAGAAGAAAGCCAAGCUGGCAUCAUUCCACAGCUGUGCGAAGAGCUCUUUGAGAAGAUCAACGACAACUGUAACGAAGAGAUGUCUUACUCUGUGGAGGUGAGCUACAUGGAAAUCUACUGUGAGAGAGUACGAGAUUUGCUGAAUCCCAAAAACAAGGGCAAUUUGCGUGUGCGUGAACACCCGCUUCUUGGACCCUACGUGGAGGAUCUGUCCAAGCUGGCGGUCACUUCUUAUACUGACAUUGCUGACCUCAUGGAUGCUGGGAACAAAGCCAGGACAGUGGCAGCUACCAACAUGAAUGAGACCAGUAGCCGUUCCCACGCUGUGUUUACCAUUGUUUUCACCCAGAAGAAGCACGAUACCGAGACUAACCUGUCCACUGAGAAGGUCAGUAAAAUCAGCUUGGUGGAUCUAGCAGGAAGCGAACGAGCUGAUUCAACUGGUGCCAAAGGAACUCGAUUAAAGGAAGGUGCAAAUAUUAAUAAGUCUCUUACAACUUUGGGCAAAGUCAUUUCGGCCUUGGCGGAGGUGAGUAAAAAGAAGAAGAAAACUGAUUUCAUUCCUUACAGGGAUUCUGUUCUUACUUGGCUCCUUAGAGAAAAUCUAGGUGGCAACUCUCGAACUGCAAUGGUUGCUGCUCUGAGCCCAGCAGAUAUCAACUACGAUGAAACUCUGAGCACUCUGAGAUAUGCAGAUCGUGCAAAACAAAUUAAAUGCAAUGCUGUUAUCAAUGAGGACCCUAAUGCCAAGCUGGUGCGGGAGUUGAAGGAGGAAGUGACCCGACUGAAGGACCUGCUUCGUGCUCAGGGACUGGGGGACAUCAUUGAUACAUCCAUGGGGUCCCUUACUUCAUCUCCAUCUUCAUGCUCACUUAGUAGUCAGGUGGGCUUAACAUCUGUGACCAGUAUUCAAGAGCGGAUCAUGUCCACACCUGGAGGGGAGGAAGCCAUUGAACGUCUAAAGGAAUCAGAGAAGAUAAUUGCUGAGUUAAAUGAAACCUGGGAAGAGAAACUUCGUAAGACAGAGGCCAUCAGAAUGGAAAGAGAAGCCUUAUUGGCUGAGAUGGGAGUUGCCAUACGGGAAGAUGGAGGAACACUUGGCGUUUUCUCACCUAAAAAGACACCUCAUCUUGUUAACCUCAAUGAAGACCCACUAAUGUCAGAGUGUCUGCUUUAUUAUAUCAAAGAUGGGAUUACAAGGGUUGGCCAAGCCGAUGCUGAGCGGCGCCAGGACAUAGUGCUGAGUGGGGCCCACAUUAAAGAAGAGCAUUGUAUCUUUCGGAGUGAGAGGAACAACACUGGUGAAGUUAUCGUGACCUUAGAGCCCUGUGAGCGCUCCGAAACGUAUGUGAAUGGCAAGAGGGUGGCCCAGCCUGUGCAGCUGCGCUCAGGGAACCGUAUCAUCAUGGGUAAAAACCACGUUUUUCGUUUCAACCACCCUGAACAAGCACGGGCUGAGCGGGAGAAGACUCCCUCUGCUGAGACCCCCUCUGAGCCUGUGGACUGGACAUUUGCUCAGAGAGAGCUCCUCGAAAAACAAGGGAUCGAUAUGAAACAGGAGAUGGAGAAAAGGCUCCAGGAAAUGGAGAUCCUAUACAAAAAGGAGAAGGAGGAAGCUGACCUUCUUCUGGAGCAGCAAAGACUGGACGCGGAUUCUGAUAGCGGGGACGAUUCUGACAAGAGGUCCUGUGAAGAGAGCUGGAAACUUAUUACUUCUCUGAGAGAAAAGCUACCUCCCAGCAAGUUACAAACCAUUGUUAAAAAGUGUGGCCUCCCCAGCAGUGGAAAGAAACGAGAACCAAUUAAAAUGUAUCAAAUCCCUCAAAGAAGGCGCCUGAGUAAAGAUUCCAAGUGGGUCACCAUCUCAGAUCUUAAAAUUCAGGCUGUUAAAGAGAUUUGUUAUGAAGUUGCCCUCAACGAUUUUAGGCACAGUAGACAAGAGAUCGAAGCCUUGGCCAUUGUUAAGAUGAAAGAACUUUGCGCCAUGUAUGGAAAGAAAGAUCCCAAUGAGCGGGACUCUUGGAGGGCAGUGGCCAGGGAUGUCUGGGACACUGUUGGGGUAGGGGAUGAGAAGAUGGAAGAUAUGAUGGCCACUGGGAGAGGUGGGACAGAUGUGGAUGACCUCAAGGUUCACAUAGACAAGCUAGAAGAUAUUCUGCAAGAAGUGAAAAAGCAAAAUAAUAUGAAAGAUGAAGAGAUCAAAGUCUUAAGAAAUAAAAUGCUCAAAAUGGAGAAAGUCUUGCCAUUGAUUGGCUCUCAGGAACAGAAAAGCCAAGGAAAUCAGAAAACAAAAGAGCCUCUUGGUGCUGGUGCUAACAGCAUCUCUGAUAAUGGAGUCAAUAAAGGAGAAAGUGGAGACCUUGGCAAAGAAGAGCGUGUUUCCCAGUUGAUGAAUGGGGAUCCAGCUUUUAGACGUGGGCGUCUACGCUGGAUGAGGCAAGAGCAAAUCCGUUUUAAGAACCUGCAACAGCAGGAGAUAACAAAGCAGCUUCGUCGGCAGAAUGUACCCCACAGGUUCAUCCCUCCUGAGAACCGGAAGCCCCGGUUCCCCUUUAAGAGCAAUCCUAAACAUAGAAACUCUUGGAGUCCUGGGACACAUAUUAUUAUAACAGAAGAUGAGGUUAUUGAGCUGAGAAUUCCAAAAGAUGAAGAAGGAAGAAAAGGAAAUAAAGAAGAAAGCCAAGAAAAAGUUGGUAGAGCACCUUCUAAAGACCUCCAGUCAGCAUGGGGCUCCCAGGGUACAAGAAGUCAAGAUCAUAUCCAAGUUAGCAAACAGCAUCUUAACAAUCAACAACCACCACCUCAGCUACGUUGGAGAAGCAAUUCUCUCAAUAAUGGCCAACCGAAAAAUAUGCGCUGCCAGGCAACUGCCUCCUCAGAGUCAUUAAACUCCCACAGUGGCCAUCCCACCGCUGACCUGCAAGCUUUCCAAGCCAAGCGUCAUAUUCACCAACACCGUCAGUCUUAUUGUAAUUACAACACUGGAGGUCAGGCAGAGGGCAAUACAGCCAAUUGCUGUCAAAAGCAGACUGACAAGCCCAACCACUGUAGCCAGUUUGUGACCCCUCCAAGGAUGAGGAGACAAUUCUCAGCACCCAAUCUCAAAGCUGGUCGAGAAACCACAGUAUAAAUAAAUUACUGGACAAACUUGAAACUGUAGCAAAGCAAACAGGCAAUGUUAAUGUUAGCUCAUAGAUUGUGUCGGUGCAUUAUGAUUUUAAUGUUAAUGUUCCUACAAAUACUAACUGGUUUUUAUUGUUCAAGUGUAAAACACUGGUAAACGUUUUGACACUUCCCUUUGGCUUGUGUAUUAUCAGUGGGCAGGUUCUAGAAUUUGUUAUAAAACAUCUAGGCCCUGAUUUUUGUGACACUUCUCUCCAUGGUGCCUAGAUUACUAAUGCACUUACACUGGUUUGUCUUGUUUUGGUGUAAGUUUUGUUAUUUUUUAUAGUACUUUAGAUAUUGAUUUGAUAUUCAAAAAGACCUGCCACUUGGUUUAUGCAAACAAACACUCAAAAGAGGACUUUGAUAUAUAGAAUAAGUGCCUCUUAGUCUCCAUAAACAUUAGAAAUUGGCUUAAAAAUAACAUGCAACUGUGUGGACACAGCCUAAGAUUUCACCUUGAUGUCUGGUCUUUUCUUUAAAUAUAGUUGGCAUUUUUAGAAGCUCAAACCCAAGCUCUUCAGACAUACUUUGUCCUACACAGCCUUGCACCAUCAUCUUGCUCUGUAUUUGUAAGGAACUAAUUCAGUGUUCUGUUUUUUUCUCCACACAAGGGUUCUGUGUAACCCUGGCUGUCCUGAAACUCACUCUGUAGACCAGGCUGUCCUCAAACUCACAGAGAUCCGCCUGCCUCUGCUUCCCGAGUGCUGGGAUGAAAGGCGUGUGCCACCACAGCUGGGCCCUGAUGCAGUAAUUUUAGUGUAUCAGAACAUAUGUAAAACUUGCUGUGACUUUAAAAUCUUUAAAUUGGCACUCUCUGGGCUUCUAUUUGAUUGUGUAUCGAAGUUUACUAUCUCACAUGUAGAAUGAACUGUAUUUGCUAAAAUUAUGCCAGCAGAAAUACCAACAAAAAUUUUAUGUGCUUCGAGCAAUGUGUAUACAUUUUUAAGAUUAUCUGGUGAGAGAAGGAGAUGGGACAUGGGAAGAAGGCUGACUCUCACCUCUUCAUUGCCUUUUCCAAUAACUGAUGGACUAAUAAAAAUUAACUGUGGCUGAGUCUGGAGAUGACACAUAUAGUCAACUGUUCUUUGGUCAACAAUAGUAAUGCUCACAGAUACUCAAGCAAGGAAAGAUGAGUCCUGAUGAACUGUCAAUACCUCACUUCGCCAUGUUGUGGUUGCAUUUGCCUCAAUGGAGAAUUCUCUUUAAAUAAAAAAAGACAGAAACAGUGGAUUUAAAUGGAAGGAAAGAAUGGCUUUCUAUAUACGUUCUGAUCUCUUGGACUUGUCAGAAGCCUUCCUAAGAGUCAGCUUGAAGAGCUAGAGAUUACCAGACUUGACAGUGUUGAAGAUUCCUUAGUCACACCCAGACAUCUGCCAAGCAUCUGUCUCCCCACAGUGUGAGAACUUGCAGCCAAGAGCCUCAAGGAAGCCUUCUAGACUGGGACUGUGUGCUGAUUUUUUGCUCUGUGCGUGGGUGCUAUGCUUUAUUAGAGCAUUACUUUUCAUUGUAGCAGACUUUUCCCCCCACUCUUCUAAGAAAAUGUCUUAAUGCACGGAAAGUUGCUUCCAACAUUUUUUUCCUUAAAAAAAAAAAAAAAGAAUUUGGGGAGAUAGAGCUAGGGCAGCUCUAGUCUUCAUGGAAGUUUGUGUGGCAGACUCUGGGCGAGUGACGCCUGCUCUGUGUUGACUUCCUCGAGAUGACAAUCUGUGCCAUUGGUUUGAACGUACUCUUGGUGGCUACUUCAUGUCAGUCACUUCAAAUCUGUGAAAAUCUACAGUUGUCUUUUCUUUUCCACACAUAAUUAUACUGACUUAUUUUUUUGUCAAGAAUUUCAUUUUCUAAAAUUAAAAGUCAUAAUUUCUUAGGUUCCGACUCUAGCAAAAAAAUCCUUGAAAUAACAUAUUUUAAGUCCACAGAGUUUGGCUUUUAGUUAUAGAUAAAAUUCUCGUUUUACUACUGAACAUUAGAGCCAGUUAACUUGCCACUGUUGACGUUGGAAUAAAGAGUGUGUAACACUGUCAUGUGAGAUGUGGGAACUGGUAGGCCCACGGGGUAGUCCAGAGAAUUAUUCUGUUCUUCGCCUGCUAAUCUAAGUGCCCUCAUAUGCUGAAAUGGUAAGACAUCUAAAGGAGCCCUUCAUUUUCUAGGUGACCAGGAAAGAAAUGAACCAAGGCUUGACUGCUAGCCAUAUCCUCUCGUGCAUCUCAGAGUACUUACCGUAGAAAACUGUGUGCACAAAUUGCUUGAUUGAUUCACUGACAUAUAUAGCGCCACCAUGGGUUCUUAUUACUUUGUUAUGACAGAGUCUCACUGAUUUUCCCACGUUGGCCUCAAACUUGCAACCCUCCAUCUGCCUCAGCUUUCCCCAGUUGCUGGAGUUAGAGGUUUGUGUCACCAGGGUCAGCUUGUUUUUUUUUUUUUUUUUUUCUCCUUUGUUUUGUUUUUUAAAUGGUGGUAUCUCUCCCUCAUCUUAAAUUAAACAAGACCAAAGAGAAAUUGUCUUCAUCAAAGCAUUGUUUGAUUAUGAAAAUAUUCCUAGUGUUAUCAUCGUGAAAUGGGGGAAAGUGUUUGUGCUUGGGAAAUUAGGUAAUGAUCUGGCAUUGCUGGGACUGAGUUUUCCAGACUAGAAUGUAAUUCUAUGGACAGUUAGAAAAUCUGGUUAAUGAAUUUAAACCAAAGGGCCUUCCCUUUAUUCUUGCUUCUGGUUCUUCUAGUACAGCAAGUUGUUUAUUACAUUGAAGUGACUUGAAGUGACCUUUUGUGCUUAGGUGUAAGAUACUAAAAACAAAACACCGACUUUGCCAUUCUAAUGCCUGGAUUUGUAAAUGCUAUCAGAUCACGGGAAGUCACACAGGCUUCUGUGGUCAGCUGCUGUACCUGGUGCCUUACCGGUCCUUUGUUGACUUGCCUUAAUGGUUUACACAGAAGCCCAAGAGGAAGAAAAGCUUCCUGUGGUCUGUGUACCCUCAUGAAGGAGGCUUAGGUUCAGAGCAAAGCAAGCAUGGGUUCUGCAUCGUUAGGGACAAAUUCAUUACAAACAAUUUUUAUAAUUGUCUGGCUGAUGUCAUCUUCCCCAGAUUUUAAAAUCUUCUCUAGGUAGACUUAGUUUGGUGUACUUUAGGGUGUGGAAUGUGUUGUUUUUCUUAUCACUGUAAAAAGAAGUUGUGAAUCUUCUUGUGGAUGAACUGUGGUUUUCUUCUCAAUUUCUUAAAACAAUGCUUGAAGAUUGUCUGAGUGUAAGACCUGCCUUUUCAGAAAGGGAGAGUUAGUUUGUAAUGUUAAAAAGUCCUCAAUAAAUAAAAGUUGAAAUGCUCCUGGAA